GCAUCCCGGGGCGGUGGACGCGGGGUGGGGAGAGGGGCGCCUGGAGGGUCUGCGGCCCGGGUCCGCUCUGGCUUGGUGCGAAGAUUGGCCUCUGCCACCCGGAGAGCAGCCUGUGGGGCUGAGGGCGGCCCGUCCACCUGACUGCGGUUGUCUCCCCCAGGGACCCUGGGAGCACAGCUUCUGCAGCGGCGGCAUGGACCAGCUGGAGCCGUCCGCUUCCACUGCAGGAGACAGUGAAGUAAAAUGCCACACGGGCACUGAGGAGGAGGAAGGGGAGCAGUUCGAAUUCGACAGUGGAGAUGACGCCCCAGAAGCAGACAGACCAGCCCCUGGCACCCCCAUGGCCAGCACCCAGCCAGGCACCCAGCCAGCAGGUGCUGCCCGCAGCUCAGGAGGUGAGGACGGGUUGGGGGAUGACAGCAUGGUGUCACUGGAUCCGGCCGCCGUGUUGGUGCCCACGAGGGUCAACCCCUACUCUGUCAUUGACAUCACCCCCUUCCGGGAGGAGCAGCCGCCGUCCCCGGACCCAGAGGCUGAGGACGGGGGCACGAGCCUGCACAUACCCAGCGGGUACUCGAUUCCCGUGCCCUGCGGCUAUGCCGUGCCAUCCAGCUUGCCAGUCCUGCUGCCCGCCUACUCCAGCCCGAUCAUCGUCCGUGCUGCAUCCCUGGACGAGGAAGAGAUGCCGGAGGCGGCAGAGGAUGGCCUGCGGGACCCCGUAGGUUCUGAGGCUCCAGCACACAGUGAAGAUGGAGUCCAUGAAGAGGACAGUGCCCUGGCCCGGUGGGUUGCGGAUCCGGCCAACACCGCGUGGAUGGAGAAUCCCGAGGAAGCCAUUUAUGACGAUGUGCCAAAAGAAAAUUCAGACUCCGAACCAGAUGAAAUGAUCUAUGACGACGUGGAGAACGGAGAAGAGGGCGGAAACAGCUCGUUGGAGUGCGGGUGGAGCUCCAGUGAGUUCGAGAGCUAUGAAGAACAGAGUGACGCAGAGUGCGGGGGUGGGGUCCCCAGGCCCUUCUUGCGCAGCAGCCAUAAAAAGCAACUCUCGCGUGACCUAGCCCGUUUCAAGGAGCGCUACGAGAAAAAGAUGAAGGGCUUGGUGGCAAGCGCGGCCGGAGCUGUAGAGAUUCAGCAGCUAAAGCAGAGACACGACCGGAAGGUGCAGAAGCUCGUCAGGGCCGCAAAGGAGGGCACCAAGGACGGGCUCGAGCGGGCCUCGGCGGCUGUGAAGAGGGGCCGCUCCUUCAUUCGGACCAAGUCCUUUGUGUCUGCAGACCACAGAUCCUGUCUUGAGGAAGAGCAGAGUUUGUUUAUCGACGUUGACUGCAGGCACCCAGAAGCUGUCCUGACCCCGAUGCCAGAAGGUUUGUCCCAGCAGCAGGUCGUGAGAAGAUACAUCCUGGGUUCCAUCGUGGACAGUGAGAAAAGCUAUGUAGAUGCCCUGCAGAGGAUUUUGGAGCAAUACGAGAGGCCGCUGUGGGAGAUGGAGCCGCGGGUGCUGAGCAAGAGGAAGCUCAGGCUGGUGUUCUACCGCAUCAAGGAGGUCCUGCAGUGCCACUGCCUCUUCCAGAUGGCGCUGGCCAGCCGCGUGGCCGAGUGGGACUCCGUGGAGAUGAUCGGAGACGUCUUCGUGGCCUCGUUUUCUAAAUCCAUGGUGCUGGAUGCUUACAGUGAAUAUGUGAAUAAUUUUAGCACAGCUGUGGCAAUCCUCAAGAAAACGUGUGCUACGAAGCCUGCUUUCCUGGAAUUUUUAAAGCAGUGCGCGGAGUCGAGCCCGGACCGUGUCACGCUCUACGGCCUGAUGAUGAAGCCCAUCCAGAGGUUCCCGCAGUUCAUCCUGCUGCUCCAGGACAUGUUGCGGAACACGUCCAAAGGACAUCCUGACCGGCUGCCUCUCCAGAUGGCGCUGACCGAGCUUGAGACCUUAGCGGAGAAGCUUAAUGAGAGGAAGCGAGCUGCUGACCAGCGCUGCGAGGUCAAGCAGAUAGCAAAGGCCGCCAACGAGAGAUACCUGAACAAGCUUCUCAGCAGCGGCAAUCGACACCUCGUGCGAUCUGAUGACAUGAUAGAAACCGUUUACAAUGACAGAGGAGAAAUUGUCAAGACCAAAGAACGCCGGCUCUUCAUGUUAAAUGACGUGCUCGUGUGCGCCACGGUCAGCGCUCGCUCCACACAUGACAGCGGUGCUCUGACGUCAACCUGCCAGAGGUAUUUGUUAAAGUGGAGUGUUCCUCUUGGACACGUAGAAGUGAUAGAAUACAGCAGCAACGAGGGCGCGGGAGAGAGCAGUAGGUGUCCCCCUGUGCACCUCGCUGAGAGCCUGGCCAAGCCAAGCAGAGCCUACAUGGGGCCCGGGCAGCUGUACCAGGACUUACAGAACCUGCUGCACGACUUAAAUGUGGUUGGCCAGAUGGCACAGCUGAUCGGGACCCUGAGAGGGAACUACCAGAAUUUAAACCAGGCAGUAGCCCACGACUGGACAUCGGGUUUGCAGAGACUUAUUUUGAAGAAAGAAGAGGAAAUCAGAGCCGCCGACUGCUGCCGAAUUCAGUUACAGCUGCCGGGGAAACAGGACAAGUCUGGGCGGCCCACGUUCUUCACGGCUGUGUUCAGUACGUUCACCCCUGCCAUCAAGGAGUCCUGGAUCAGCACCCUGCAGAUGGCCAAGCUCGCCCUCGGGGAGGAGAACCACAUGGGCUGGUUCUGCGUGGAGGACGACGGGAACGAGAUCCGAAGGGAGCGACACCCUCUUCUCGUGGGACACGUGCCAGUGACAGUGGCCAAGCAGCAGGAGCUCAAGAUUGAAUGUGCUGCUUACAAUCCUGAACCUUACCUGAAUGAUGAGACUCAGCCAGAUUCAUUGUCCACGGCUCACGGUUUCCUGUGGAUCGGAAGUUGUACCAGUCAGAUGGGUCAGAUCUCCAUCGUCUCAUUUCAAAGUGGCAACCCCAAAGUCAUCGAGUGCUUCAACGUGGAGUCUCGUAUCCUGUGCAUGGUGCACGUGCCGUCGGAGCUGAGCCCCGGCGAGCCCGGCGCCCCCUCGGAGCCCACAGCUGCAGCCAUGAGGGCGCGGGGCGUGCCCACCAUCUGCCUGGGGACCGAGGAGGGCAGCAUCUCCGUCUACAAGAGCAGCCACGGCUCCAAGAAGGCGCGGCUGCAGCACUUCUUCACCCCCGAGCGGCGCACGGUCAUGAGCCUGGCCUGCACGCCCCGCCGCCUGUAUGCCGGCCUCGUCAGCGGGGCGGUGGCCGUCUACAGCAAGGCGCAAGAUGGAUCCUGGAAUUCUGAACCUCAUAAAGUCAUCAAAUUAGGCGUCCUGCCCGUGAGAAGCCUCCUGAUGACGGAAGAAACGUUGUGGGCAGCCUCCGGAGGCCAGGCGUUCGCCAUCAGUGUGGAGACUCAUGCUGUAGAGAACCAGCUGGAGGCCCACCAGGAGGAAGGCAUGGUGGUCUCACACAUGGCCAUUGCUGGCGUGGGCGUGUGGAUCGCCUUCACCUCAGGGUCCAUGCUCCGCCUGUUUCACACGGAGACACUGAGGCAUCUCCAGGACAUCAACAUCGCCACCCUUGUGCACCACCUGCUGCCAGGGCACCAGCGGCUCUGUGUGACCAGCCUGCUCGUCUGCCAUGGCCUGCUGAUGGUUGGCACCAGCCUGGGCGUUGUGGUGGCCCUGCCUGUGCCCCGCCUGCAGGGCGUCCCCAAGGUGACUGGAAGAGGCAUGGUCUCCUACCACGCGCACCACGGGCCUGUCAAGUUCCUGGUCACAGCCACAGCCAUCCUCAGGACCGACCAGGACAAGCCCAGGGACAGCCCAGCGCCCGGCGCAGACCCCCCGGAUGGAGACGAUAAGGCGGCGCUCCCCCGUGAGGGAGCCGGGCCCUGCGCGAGUCAGGGGGGCCCUGCCACCCAGCUCGGGGGCUCACAGGGCUCGUCCUCAUCGGGGUCCCUGAUACCAGUGCAGGGCUCCAGCUCCCUGGAGCCCAGGUCGGAGGGGAGCGCCACCCACGACCUCCUGCGGCACCCUGAUGUCCUGCCAGGCAGGGGCCGGCGAGCCCGCAGGGUGAAGGCCAGCUCUGUGCUGGUGGCGUGCGGGGGCCAGGGCCACCGGCGGGUGAGCAGGAAGGCCAGGCCGCAGCGCCCGGAGGAGCUGGCCUCCUCCAUCAUGGUCUGGCAGAUCCCGCUGCUGAACGUAUGAGCCCCUCGGCCGACCUGAGCGAUUCAGGCCGCGUCUACACAGUUCGGGAAAAGUCCAAAACUGUGUUUGGGGAAGAAACGUGCAAUGUCGCAGCGGUGCGUGCUCCUACCAUUCGGCUCCUUCUGUCCUGAGCACAGUAGGGGACACAUGCUCCGGGGAGGGCGUGAUAUGGAAGCACGUUGGCGGGGCCUGAAGCCCCGGGCUUGAAGCUCUCUGCGACCUCCGUUGCCAUCUGCGUGAACGGGCGUGCCGUGGGCACGCUCCUGUACCGCUUGCUGAGAAUCUGCAGACUAAGAAUUUGUGAGAAAAAAUAGGUCAUAUUCAGUAGUGUAGGAAAUUUAUUAAUGAUUCUUAAAAACAAAUUUUACUUGAUUCAGACUCACUGCUUCUAUUUAUAUUGUAUAUCUUUUAAUUCCAGGAUAGAAAUUGUAACAAUGAAGAAAGCCAGGUAAACAUACCAGUCCAGGUGGUGGUAUUUGCUUUCUGAAGUGCAUCUGGGUUUUCCAAAGUGGUAUAAUGUGUGUAGUGUAUAUUUUAACAAGGUAGUAUUUUUAUAUGGCCUUUUUCUAUUAAAACAUUAACAGUUAAUGUUUUAGUCAAUAUAUUACUUGUAACAUUUCACAAAUAAUGUUUGCUUUGAACCAAAAUGCUCAAUACCUGUGAAUAUUUACACUCAAGUGUCAAGGCCAAAAUAUCUUCCCUUCUCAGAGUAAGUAGCCUUAAUGUCUGUGUCAGGAAUGUGUAUGCUUCAGCUUUGUAGGGACGGCACAGAAAGUGUCUUGGUGAAUUCUUCCAUCAGUAUCUUCCGGAGCGCUGUCUGACCAGAGCACUGUUUUUGACAUGCCUUCCAAACGACUCCUGGUGCUCGGCAGUGUGGGUGCCCCAUUGCUGGUAGGGGGACACAGGCCAAGGGAGGUGACACAGGACCGGCACAACCUGUCACUCAGCCGUGUCUUCUGCAAACUUGCAAGCUUGUACUCUGAUGCAUAGAGCCAGCUGUGCGAGUCAUCCGUGCCUCCUGUCAUGACCAGUGUGUUCAUGUAUCGAUGUUCUACUUACUGGCUGGAUAAAAGCAAAAACCUGAUGCAGGCAUUCACCGGAAAUACAUUUUUCAGCACUUUAUAAAUGACUAAAACUGCUAAUUUUAUGAUUUAGCCAAAUGUUUUCCAAGCUGCAUAGAUAUCCCAGCCCCGGGUGAGUCCUACCUCCCCAUGCUUUCUUAAACUGUUAGCUGCCCUCAUAUUUCAUAAAUAAAGUAUUUUUAUUUAAACACA